UACAUCAAUCUGAUAUUACCCCUAUGUCUCAUGAUAAAGUAGGUAAUCAGAUUUACAAGUAUAAAGGUAUUAUUAAAGAUAUUGCAACUAGGUAUCGAUGUAAUUUUACAUUGACUGAUAAAUCUUAUGCAUAA